UUGAAACAUGCUUCAUGGCCCGGAUUUGAGGAUCCUUCUGCAAGAGCUCACCGCGUGAUCUGGCAGCCUGUUUCUGAAUGAUGAUAUUCAGAGAGAGAAAAAAAAAACAGGAACCGUGUGGAUAACUGACCGAGAGGGCCGUUCAUUAUACUGGAAGAAAAACACACGCAGUCAGUCUGCUGAUGGGUUGAUUUCUUGCAGGCAGACACUUUUCUUUUCAUCUCAUUAUUUGUAGCUACAUGAGGCACUUUGCAGAUUUUACUCAGUAAUGCAUUGUUGACUGAGGCGGCUGUCCUGAUGAAGUGUCGGCAGAGGGAGGAGGAAACCAAAGAGAGGAAGGAAACGAGGAUAACGUCACGAAAAGCAGAAUCGGAGUAAAACGGACUGAAUAGUAUCUAAUGGACAAUCCUUGAUGGGCCGAGCCGGGGCUAUAAUUGUGUUUGUUUACGCCUUUACCGGACAAAGAUGCUUUUGUUAACUUGUCGGGCGUGAAAAAAGGCAAAGCAUUUCGGAGAAGGAAACGGCUUCACAGCAGCAGCAGCAGCAGCAACAGCAGCAGAUUUCAUCUUUUUCAGGAGCUCCCACUAAAGCAGAGAAAUGGAAAUGUGUGUAGCCCUCCUCCGUUUGCCUGUUUACUGAAGGAUUUGGAAACAGCCUAAUCGUGACACACGGAGAUAUAAGUGGAUUGCCAUCAUCUCCUCUUGCACCUUAUUUUUUUUAAUGAGAGAAAAAGACAUUAGUUAAAUCCUCCACGGGAUUUUGGGGACGUUGCUUUCAGUUUUUUUUUUUAAACGGCAGGAAAAAAAAGCAGCAAAAUCAUCGGGAGAAUUAACAGGUGACAGCUCGGACAAAUCCAAAAUGAGUGAGCUGGAGCAGCUUCGCCAGGAGGCCGAGCAGCUAAGGAACCAGAUAAGAGAUGCCAGGAAAGCAUGUGGAGAUUCAACCUUGACACAGAUAACCGCUGGUCUGGAUCCUGUGGGGCGGAUUCAGAUGCGGACGAGACGCACCCUGCGGGGCCACCUCGCUAAGAUCUACGCAAUGCACUGGGGGUCAGACUCAAGGCUUCUGGUUAGUGCCUCUCAAGAUGGAAAACUGAUCGUCUGGGACAGCUACACCACUAACAAGAUACACGCCAUCCCCCUGCGCUCCUCCUGGGUGAUGACCUGUGCGUACGCCCCCUCUGGAAACUACGUAGCCUGCGGAGGCCUUGACAACAUCUGCUCCAUCUAUUGCUUGAAGACGCGUGAGGGCAACGUCAGGGUCAGCAGGGAACUACCUGGCCACACAGGUUACCUGUCAUGUUGCCGUUUCAUUGAUGACAAUCAAAUCAUCACAAGUUCAGGAGACACCACAUGUGCACUGUGGGACAUCGAGACGAGUCAGCAGACCACGGUUUUCUCGGGCCACAGCGGCGACGUCAUGAGCCUGUCCCUGUCGCCUGACCUCCGCACCUUCGUAUCAGGAGCCUGUGACGCCUCGGUCAAACUGUGGGACAUCAGGGACAGCAUGUGCAGACAGACCUUCACAGGCCAUGAGUCGGACAUCAACGCCAUCUGUUUCUUUCCCAACGGCAGCGCCUUCGCCACAGGCUCUGAUGACGCCACCUGCAGGCUGUUUGACCUGCGUGCAGACCAGGAGCUCAGCCUCUACUGCCAUGACAACAUCAUCUGUGGCAUCACCUCCGUGGCUUUCUCACGCUCCGGCCGUUUGCUGCUGGCUGGCUACGAUGACUUUAACUGCAACAUCUGGGACGCCAUGAAGGGAGACAGAGCAGGAGUCCUGGCCGGCCAUGACAAUCGUGUGAGCUGUCUGGGUGUGACGGAUGACGGCAUGGCGGUGAGCACCGGGUCCUGGGACAGCUUCCUUAAGAUCUGGAACUGACUGGUUUCAUGAGCCAUGCACAUAAACGGCAAACACACACAUACAUCCAACACACACCGCUCACAUCUUGGGACAUAGUUUGCACCCUGUAUUCACACUGUAUGUAAGAUUCAACAGACAAACUGCAACAUUGUACUGUACAUAAUAUAUAGUAUGACUUAGAGUUUACACACACACACACACACACAUCCCACUGUAUGCAGGACAAGACAACACAAGACGUGAACACAUUCCCACACUACCUAAAGCUGAUUUAAGUGCACGGCAGCACAUACACACACACACACACAAACACACAUACACACACAUAUAUUUAUAAUCUGUAAAAUGUCAAAAUGUGACCAAAAACAGUUGAAUCUACAGCUUCUUCUACAAAUAAAAAACACAAAUGCCACUAUUACCUGAAGCCUUUUAACACACACGUAACGCACUCUCAUUUACACGCACACACACACACUUUUUUUCCCCUGAGAGACACCGCUCCUCGAGUUAAGCAGGGGAGAAGACGUUAUUGGACAAUUCUGUCUUUGUUUACACUGAAGUCCAAAAUGCACUUCAGACAAAUGUUUCUGUACUAUUUUUGUCUCAGUACCACAUGUAUCUCAGCGAUGGUUAUGUGAAGGAGGAUCAGUGGUGGGAGAGAAUCAUGUGAGUCCAUAAACACUGAAGGAAAAAAAUAAUAAUACUGACUGACUACAGACAGGACAGACUGAUGAUCGACGGAGUUCGAGGAAAAUACCAACUUUUAUUUUCAUCUGGCUGGAAACAUGCCACCAUGUAGUCACUGUUUUUAUAGCUAUGUACCCCCCAAAAUACAGUACAUGUGUUCUGCAGGUUUUCUUUAAUUAUUUUAUUUUUUACACUUAUUUUCUUCAUGUUCUCCCUGUGUGCCUCAGAUACACUUUAAGGAUUAUUAAUAGAGAAUAUUGAUACAGUUUAAAUUAACUCAAAAAAGAUCUGAGAUUCAGAAGGUGGCUGAAAAACGAAAGCAUUAUAAGACACAUCUUAAUAAAGCAGGAGCCAGUAUUCCUACUUUGACUUUGUCAUUGUGUUAUCUGGACAUUAUGAUGGUAUAAUUGUACAUAAUAUUAAUAAAUAAUAGCCU